AUGGCCACUAUGACCGAGACAACAACUCAAACACUCAAGAAGAGACGCCUCGGCCCUGCCACCAUUGCAAAGCUCCCGCCCGAGAACGAACGAUACAUUCGCGCCUGCGCAGACAUAGCAAAUGCCCUCGUCGAGGAUCACGACAAAUCGCAACAUGGAGGCGCGCCGAAGAAGGACAUCAAUCUCAACUCAUUACGAGGUCAAUUCGCAAAGAAGCACUACCUCUCCCGGCAACCGCCUCUCACGGACAUCAUCGCUGCUGUACCGGAGCAAUAUAAGAAAUACAUCUUGCCGAAGUUGAUCGCAAAGCCGAUACGAAGUGCGUCUGGAAUAGCAGUAGUUGCAGUCAUGUGUAAGCCACAUCGAUGUCCACAUAUCGCCUACACUGGCAAUAUUUGCGUCUACUGUCCUGGAGGUCCAGACUCUGACUUCGAAUACUCCACGCAAUCUUACACCGGCUACGAGCCCACAUCCAUGCGCGCCAUUCGAGCCCGAUACGAUCCCUUUGAGCAAGCAAGAGGCAGAGUAGAUCAGAUUCGCAAUCUCGGACACAGCGUGGAUAAAGUGGAAUACAUCAUCAUGGGCGGCACAUUCAUGUCCCUCGCACCAAAGUACAGAGAAGAGUUCAUCGCUCAACUACACAACGCUCUGAGUGGAUACCAAACCAACAACGUCGAUGAGGCAGUCAUGGCAGGCGAGCAAAGUUCUACAAAAUGCGUGGGAAUUACCAUAGAGACAAGACCAGACUACUGUCUCCCGCCUCACUUGACAGACAUGUUACGAUACGGUUGCACAAGACUAGAGGUGGGUGUGCAAUCGCUCUACGAAGACGUUGCUCGCGAUACCAACCGUGGGCACACGGUGAAAGCAGUCUGCGAAACUUUCUGCCAGGCGAAAGAUGCAGGCUUUAAAGUGGUAUCACACAUGAUGCCCGAUCUCCCCAACGUUGGCCUCGAACGAGAUCUUUUCCAGUUCCAAGAGUACUUCUCCAAUCCAGCCUUCCGAACGGACGGGCUCAAAAUCUAUCCAACCCUCGUGAUACGUGGAACAGGUCUUUACGAGCUCUGGAGAACCGGGCGGUACAAGAACUAUACGCCUAAUGUGUUGAUUGAUAUCGUUGCGAGGAUACUGGCUCUGAUACCUCCUUGGACGAGAAUCUAUCGUGUGCAGCGGGAUAUUCCUAUGCCAUUGGUUACUUCUGGAGUAGAGAAUGGCAAUCUCCGCGAACUUGCUCUCGCACGGAUGAAAGAUUUCGGGACCACAUGUCGAGAUGUGCGGACGAGGGAGGUCGGCAUCAAUGAAGUGAAGCACAAGAUUCGACCCAAUCAAGUGGAACUCGUAAGACGAGAUUACGUUGCUAAUGGUGGCUGGGAGACUUUCCUCGCGUACGAAGACCCUAAACAAGAUAUCCUGAUCGCCCUCUUACGAUUACGAAAAUGCUCAGAGAAGUACACAUACCGCGAAGAGCUGGUCUCUCAACCCUCAAGCUUGGUUCGCGAGCUCCACGUGUAUGGUUCCGCGGUGCCGAUCCAUGAGCGCGUGAAAGGCAAAUCGCAACAUCAAGGGUACGGAACACUGUUGAUGGAGGAAGCAGAGCGCAUUGCGAGGGAUGAACAUGGUAGCAAGAAGCUGAGUAUCAUCUCAGGUGUGGGUGUGAGAGGGUAUUAUAGGCGAUUGGGAUACUGGCUUGAUGGGCCUUAUAUGAGCAAGUGGUUGGAAGAGCCGGAGAGUGAUGGGGAUUGA